GAAGCAACGAUCAUUGCGUUAAAAAAUAAAAACUCCGUGAAAAAAUCAAUAAUACAAUUAAAACAAAACAAUUAAAAAUAAAUAUGUUUAUCAAUUAUAAACAACUCAACGUAAAUAACUAUUUAAGAAAAUAAUAAACAAUACGACACAAAUUGUGUAUUAAACAAUAGAAAAAACUAGAUCAAUAAUAGCUUAUGAUUAAGCAAAAACAAAUUUAUAAAAAUAAAUCAAGAAAACAUAUAAAACGUAGAAAGAAUUAGCAAACAUUACAGAAAUAUAAAAUAAUUUGGAAUUAAGUCCAACAAUUUCGUUAUUCUUAGUGGCUUCUAGGAUUUACAAAUGGCCUCUAUAAGUUCUGCUUAUAAUAAUUCGACUACUGCAUCAGAAGAAGCUGGUGCCAGAAUUGAUCCUCCUAUGCCGCCUACAAUUAACAUAAAAUUCGAAACCAGUGAUGGCUCAAAUAUUUUAUGUCCUUAUAUUGAUUUUUGGGAAAUUUCCUUACAAGAGAAAGUUGGAUGUGGUACUUUCGGUGUGGUCUAUAAGGCAAUUUGGCGUGAUUUUUAUGUAGCCGUUAAGGAAUUUGAUCACAAAAGUGAGGAAAAGCCCAUAGUAAGAGAGAUAAAACAACUGUCAAGGGUGAAGCAUCCUAAUAUUAUUGCUUUGUUUGGCAUAUCCACCAAUCGAAAGUCAAAUUAUAUAAUCAUGGAAUAUGCCGAAGGUGGUUCAUUACAUCAUUUUCUGCAUGGUAAUGUAAAGCCGUACUAUUCGAUGGCCCAUGCAAUGAGUUGGGCACGUCAAUGCGCAGAGGCUGUAGCCUACAUGCAUGCCAUGAAACCGAAACCUCUAGUACAUCGAGAUUUGAAACCGCUCAAUCUUUUGCUUGCCGAUAAGGGAAGAUAUCUGAAAAUAUGUGAUUUUGGUACAGUUACCGAUCUCGUGACAAUCAUGACAAAUAAUAGUGGUUCUGCUGCCUGGAUGGCACCAGAAGUUUUUGAGGGUUCAAAGUAUACUGAAAAAUGUGAUGUAUUCAGUUGGGGCAUUGUGUUGUGGGAAGUGAUAGCGCGAGAAAAGCCCUUUAAAAAUUUCGAUAAUGCAUUUUGUAUUUUAUGGAAAAUACACAAAGGAGAAAGACCACCUCCAAUACCCGAGCUACCAGAACCCAUAAAACAACUAAUGAAUUCUUGUUGGGCUAAGGCACCCGAAUUAAGACCCUCUAUGCAAUAUGUGGUAGAUAAAAUGAAUAUAUUGAUGCAAGCAUAUCCGGGAGCAGAUGAACCCUUAAAUUAUGACUUUAGUAAUCAGCAGAUUAUCAGUGACAAUGAGUCAAUAGACGAAGAUAAUUCUUUAGAUUCUUCCAAUUAUAAUCCCUUUAUGAAUUCACCCUUAACCAGAUCUAAUGCUUCACUGGUUUCUCCUUUCGAUGAUGAACACGAAAAAGUUGAUUAUGGUCCAACUACUCAAAAAAACUAUAAAGACUUUGAAUUCAAUUUCUCCAAUGAAGAAGAUCCUGGCGAUCUUACGGAUGGUAGUUCAGCUGCAAUUAAUGAAAUCCCCAAUUUUAAGCUAAACAACAAUGAUACUGAUUCCGAAGAUAACGAAAACUAUAUACUAUCUUGGCAUGAAAUGUUGGAACCAGCUUUACAACCCGAAUUACCCAUACGAGAUAAUCAGGAGUCGCAAGAAAUCUAUGAGGAACAUAGACGUUUAGCCGAAGAAUAUUUAAUACUAGAAACGAAAUUAUAUUUUGCCGAAAAAUACUGCAAAACGGAAAAGCUAAAAAUGUCGCCUGAAGAGAAAAAAGAAAUGGAGGAAUUAUUGCAGAAAUUGAGGGAAAAAGAAAGAUUGUUGGAGCUUUAUAAUUAUUUGAAAAGUACCCAACCUAAAUGUGAAACAUAUGCAAAUCAAAGUAGUACUGAUUCUAGUGAUAGUUGGGUGAUAAUAUCUGAUAAUAACGUUAAGGCUGAAAACGAAAAAAAAAUUAAAUUUUUAAAUGAAUAUAUUUAAGUCCCUCAAAAAGUUCAUUAUCUCUUUUAUUUUGAAAAGUCUUAAGAAUAUCAUUAGACUUUCAAAAAUCUGAAAAAUAAUAACUAAUAAAUAUAAACAAAUCU